AUGUUCCUUGACACUCAAAACCUCGAGGCCGAGGUCACACAACUCGAGUCACGUCUACAAGAUGCUCGUGCUCAACUAGCGGCAUCUGAAUACCCCAGUCCACCAUCAUCUCUUCCUAACUCAUAUACAAUUAUUAAAGAAUCAAAUAAUAAGCACAAUAAUCAACAUAAUCAAAAUAAGAAUGUCAACACAACUCGCACAUCACUUCACGCUCUCCUCCUCCUCUCCGAUUCCGCCCUCCCACUAGGUUCAUUCGCCUACUCCAGCGGCUUAGAAUCCUACCUAGCACACAACAAGCCAUCCCGCACCUCACCAGCCAAUUCCUUCCACCGUUUCCUCAAACUCUCCAUUGCCUCAAUCGCAAGCACAUCUCUCCCCUACGUGCUAGCCGGAUACCGGGAACCCGAGACCCUCGAAACCCUAGACAACGACCUGGACGCUUCAACGCCCUGCAUCGUCGCCCAGCGAGCAAGCAUUGCGCAAGGGCGCGCCCUAAUCGGUGUCUGGGAACGAGCCUUCCGGUCCUCCUUCGCCGGACCCGAGACCGCGACCCCCGCCGACCCCGCCGCCGUCGCAGCCAUCGAUGACCUAUCCGAUGCCCUGAAGGCGUGCGUGGACGAUGACGAUCUCGGCCCUAAGGGCCACUUUGCCCCGCUCUGGGGCACUGUCUGCCGCGCCAUGGGCCUCGAUUUGCAGCAGACCGCUUAUGUCUUCGUUGUGAACCAUGCGAAGGCGGUUUUGAGUGCUGCCGUGCGUGCUAGCGUUAUGGGUCCGUACCAGGCGCAGAAUGUCCUUGCUAGUCAGAGUUUGCAGGAUACUAUUAUGAAGCGUAUCGGGAGGGAGUGGAAUACGCCUGUUGAGCAGGCGGGACAGGUGGUGCCUGCUCUGGAUCUUUGGGUGGGGAGACAUGAGUUGUUGUAUAGUAGGAUUUUCAACUCUUGA